GCCCCAGCACAACCACCAGCGGCACACCGGCGACGAUCAAUCGAGCGGCUCCGUUGGCCUCCCACUCGCCCCCAGGCCCUCUCCCUCCCCUCCCCUUCCUUUCCCUUCCCUUCCCUUCCCGCAGCAAACCAAGCGCCAUGCACAUCCAAGAGGUGAUCAUUGACGGAUUCAAGUCCUAUGCCAACCGCACCGUCAUUUCAGGAUGGGACCCCGAGUUCAAUGCCAUCACCGGCCUCAACGGCUCCGGCAAGUCCAACAUCCUUGAUUCGAUAUGCUUUGUUCUGGGCAUCACAACGCUGUCGCACGUGCGUGCAAGCAGCCUGCAAGACCUUAUCUACAAGCGAGGCCAGGCCGGCGUCACCAAGGCCUCUGUCACCAUCGUCUUCAACAACGAUGAUCGAAACGCAAGUCCGCCCGGAUACGAGGACCACCGAACGAUUUCGGUCACCCGCCAGAUCCUUAUCGGCGGGAAGAACAAGUACAUCAUCAACGGCCAUUCCGUCCAAGUGCAGCAGGUCAGCCGGAUGUUUCAAUCGGUGCAGCUGAACGUCAACAACCCGCACUUCCUCAUCAUGCAAGGCAAGAUCACCAAGGUCCUGAACAUGAAGCCACCUGAGAUCUUGGCCAUGGUCGAGGAAGCAGCUGGCACUCGAAUGUUUGAGGAGGGCAAGGAAAAGGCCAUCAAGAACAUGGCCAAAAAGGACGCCAAGCUCGCAGAGAUCAACGACCUACUGGCGACCGAAAUCGGACCGAAGCUCGACAGUCUUCGCGAGAAGAAGCGUGUUCUUGUUGAGUUCCAAAAGAUCGACAAGGAAUUGGGUGAUCUCAAGCGUCUGAUAGUCGCACACGAGUACCACCAGUGUCAGACAAAACUCGCCCGAUCGAACGAGUUUCUCAUCGACUCUACAAGCAACAUCGCCUCGCUGGAGAACGACAUUGACACCAUGGCCGAAGAGAUUCGGAAGAUCGAGCAGCUUCUAGCUGAGAACGCCGCAGAGCAGCAACGAGACGAGCGCGUCGAGCAGCUCGACGAGACUGUCAAAGAGUACGCCAAGGCCAUCGUCAAGCUGCAGACCCAGAGUGAGCUCAAGGCCCGUUCGAUCCAGGAGGAGACCGGCAAUCGCGAUUCUCUCAACGAAACCAAAAACGAGCUUCUUGCCAGCUUGGAAGAGGCCCAGUCGAAAUUCAAGGAGCUCUCGCAAAAGUUUGAAGCAACAUCGUUGGCGCAUGCGAACAAAGUCAAGGAAGUUGAGAACCUCGAAAACCUCCUGCAAACCCUGACCACGGGCAUCUCUGCUUCGGAGGGCCACGAAAAUGGAUACAUGGACCAGCUUCGCGUCGCCAAAGCCGACCUGAGCAAUACCGUGGCAGAAAUCGAGGAGAUCAAAAUCAAAAUCAGCCACACCGAAAAGGAACUCAAGACCCUCGAGGGCUCCAUGGGCAGUGCCUCCAAGGAAAACCGGCAGCUCGUGCAGAGCUUCGAGCAGACCCAGGCUCGAGUCAAAAAAUCGCAGGAGCUUCUGGCCAAGUUGGAGUGGGAUCCCGAGAAGCAGCAAAAACUCGCAGCAAAGCAGAGCCAGCUGCGAGCGACACUGAAUCAACUCAGAAAGACCUAUGACAACCUCCUGAUGAAUGAGCUUGCCGGCUUUCAGCUGCAGUUCACGGAUCCAUACAAGGGAUUUGACCGCUCCAAGGUCCGGGGACUCGUUGCCAAUUUGAUGCGGCUGUCGGAGGAUCAGUACGAGUACGCCCUCGCCCUUGAGGUCGCCGCUGGCGGCAAGCUUCGAAAUAUUGUGGUCGAGACAGAACAGAUCGGCGCGCAAUUGCUCAGCGGAAAGCACUUCCAAAAGCGAGAAACGCUGAUUCCUCUCAACAAAAUCCACAGUAACCCGGCAGCUCCCGAGAAAGUUCGAACAGCCAAGAACUUGGCUCCGGGCAAGGUAUCCCUCGCCUUGGACAUGAUCGAGUUCGAGCAAGACCUGCAAAAGGCGAUGGAAUAUGUGUUUGGCAGCACCCUCAUCUGCAAAGAUGCGGAUUCUGCCAAAACCACAACCUUCAACGAUCGCGUGCGUCUGCGCUCUGUUACCAUGGACGGGGAUGUCUAUGAAGCCACUGGAACACUCUCUGGCGGAUUCCGGUCAUCAACCACCAGCCAGCUGAUCAAGGUGUUCGAAUCUAUGAAGCUGCUGGAUCAGAUCGAGAAGCUUCAGGCCGAGCUUGACGAGGUCUGCAGCCAGCUCGAGGCGCUGAUGCAAACCGCAAGCGACUACAGUCAGGCCAAACGCCAGCUCGAGCUGGACGAGUAUCAAAUGAAGCUCGUUAACGAGCAAAUCGAGUCCAGCCGCUAUGCCAAAAUCGCCUCCCAGGUGGAUUCGUUGAAGCAGGAGCUGCAGGAUUACCGACAGAAUCUCAAGGAGAGCUCGUCCAAGAAGAGCGAGUUUGCCGAGAAAAUCCAGUACUUGGAGAAGGAGAUGAGCGAGCUCUCGGAGCAUCGCAACGAGAAGGUGCUUUCCCUCAAGAAAAAAGUCAAGGAGGGUCGCGCAGAAAUCGUAAAGAAUGCCCCCGCUACAAAGAAAAUGCAAAUGUCCCUGGACAUUCUCAAGGAAGAAGCAAACCAAAUCGAGCUGCAGAUCGCUCAAGUCGAGGAGAGAAUCCACGAAACCACCAAGCUGUUGGGCAUCUACUUGGCCGAGGAGCAGAACCAGCGACAAAAGAUCGAGCGGGUGAAGCGCGACCUGGACGCAUCUACCGAGGAGCUCGAGACCGCCAAGGCCAAGAUCGCCGCUGCCGAUGCCAACGGCAAGAAGCUGCAGAAGGAGAAGAAGCUCAUCAUGGACUCAACGGAGGAGAAGCGGCGCGAGCUGCAAAGGAUCAAGCAAGAGAUCUCGCGCUUCAACACCGAGAAGAAGGAAUCCUCCCUGACCAUCCAGAAUCUUGAGCGCGAGCAUGCAUGGAUCCAGGACCAGCGCAGCUUGUUUGGCCAGCCUGGAUCUGUCUUCGACUUUACACGGUACAACGUUGCCGAGUGCAAGAAGCGAGCCCGGCAGCUCGAAGAGGGCCAGCAGAGCCUGAGCCGCACGCUAGAUCCCUCCGCAGCCGAGUCGUUUACCCGGGUUGAGAAGCAGGAGCUGGCGCUCAAACAGCGCCUGGCUACAGUCAAGAGAGACAAGCGCAAAAUCGACGAGACGAUUCUCUCGCUCGAGACCUACAAGACCGAGGCUCUGCAAAAAACGUGGGAGAAGGUGAACAGGGACUUUGGCGCCAUCUUUGGCGAGUUGCUGCCGGGCAACGAUGCCAAGCUCGAGCCGCCCGAGGGCCAGGACAUCACCGAGGGCCUCGAGGUCAAGGUGGCCCUCGGUGGGGUGUGGAAGCAAAGCCUGACGGAACUCAGCGGAGGCCAGAGAUCGCUCGUUGCGCUCGCGUUGAUCCUGUCGCUGCUGCGGUUCAAGCCCGCACCCAUGUACAUCCUCGACGAAGUCGACGCCGCGCUGGAUCUGUCACAUACGCAGAACAUUGGCCAGCUUCUCAAGACGCGCUUCAAGGGCUCGCAGUUCAUCAUCGUCUCGCUCAAGGACGGCAUGUUCAGCAACGCGAAUGUGCUGUUCCGGACCAGGUUCCGCGAAGGUGUUUCCGUUGUCGAGCGGACAGCCCAGAAAGCGGCGGCGCUUGCCCGCCAGCGAACGCAUGCGACGCCGCUGUCGUGACGAGCCCGCAGGCCAAGUGGUCCGGCGCCAGCACGACCCCCUCUCGACAGACACCCACCGUCUCGUUUCGUUCUGAACACGCUGUAGUGAUGCCGCGCGCCGAGAUUGCACUUCCCGAACGGGUCGCCGGGGCCGAUUGUGCGCGCAGGAGGAGGCAGGGCCCGGGACGGGUGCGGUCCACAUGGCAC